GACUUACAUGAACUAUAAAUAAUUCAGUGACUAUACAGCACUUGUUGAAAUUUUUCACCGUAUGUAAAUGCACAUGAAGUCUAAUAAUGUUUUAAAGGAUUGAGGUGAAGUGUAGAGAUGAUGUCAGUUACUGUUUGUCUAUUUUAGGAAUGGACGUUUACUAUUCUGAAUCACACCCAUCAGAGAAUGUGGCUUUAGAAGGACAGGCUGUACAAUCAUCCACAUAUAUGGGUGGCAGCACAUCUUGGUUAGCAGCAUGGGCCAUUGACUCCAACCCCUUAACCUGCAGCCAUACUGAAGCCACAACUGAUAACCCCUGGUGGAGAGUGGAUCUUCUGGAUUUUUACUACAUCUCUACAGUCGUCAUCACUAACAGAGGAGACUGCUGUCCAGAACGACUCGACGGAGCAGAAAUUCAUAUUGGAAACUCUUUGGAAAACAAUGGCAACAAUAAUCCCAGGUGUGCUGUGCUGUAUGGUGUGUCAGCGGGUCAGUCUGUGUCUGUGUCCUGUCACAAUAUGAAGGGACAAUAUGUGAACGUCAUCAUACCUGGAAGUUCAAAAAUUCUCACUCUUGCUGAAGUGGAGGUGUACAAGGCAGAUUAUACAGGAAAGACUUUUGUGAUGAUGAAAUUUCUCUCCAGUUUCAAUGUAACUGAUCCAGCAGUCAACGACACAGUUCUUGAUCAGCUAAAGUCCACUUUGACUUCUAAAGGACUCUCAAAUUUCACACUGACCUGGACAAAACUCCCUCAGAAAGUCAAACAGGAGAUUAAACUGGAUGUUGAUGAUGGUCCAUGUGUGAACAUUAAUAAUCCUGAAUAAACAAACACUCUUUUGAUAAAGACUAGUUUAGUUCAAGAUAUAUUUGUUACUUUAUUUUAGUUAUUGGUAACUAAUUGGUGUGAUGAUUAGUUUUUCUGUAAUUCUCAUUUUAAAUCAUUUGUAGUUGAUGAAUGUUUGUGACUAAAGCAAUGAUGAAUUGGAUUAAACCUCUGUCCUACAGUUACAACUUGACAUCUUUGGUCUUCUUCAGAAUAUCAUAGAGCUAAAGAAGACACAAUGUCAAUAAAAUAAAUGUAUAACAACGGUUUAAUCUUAAACAGCUGUAUUUUUGUUGACCUCUGUGUUUUCUUGUUUUUAUUAAUGUAAAGUUGCUUUGGAACAAUGAAGCAAUUGUAAA